GGCACAGCCAGCACGCGGAGUGACCAACUGACAGCCCCAGCCAUGAGCCCACGUCUCCUCCUCCCUCUGCUCUUAGCCGCCACCGCCGCGCUCUGCUGGGGUGCGCCGCCGGCCGGAGAGCUGCGCUGCCGCUGCGUGCGAGCCGUAGCCGAGCGCAUCCCGCCGCGGCACUUGGUCCAGGUGGAGCUCAUUCCCGAGGGACCGCACUGCGCCGCACCAGAAGUCAUAGCCACGACGAAACAGGGUCACACGCUGUGCCUCAGCCCUUCGGUGCCAUGGGUGAAGCUGCUCGUCGCCAGGUUCCUCAACAGCGCUGCACAGCGGAGCUGAGCUCGGCGAGACGCGGCCGGCGCUUGCGGGGCAUCCUAACGGAGCACCUUCGUGCUCGGGGGUCUGAGCGCGCGGGUCUGACUGCUGCGACAGGGAAGCACUGCUCUCAAGUUUUGUCCUCGUUUUCUGCCUUGAAAGCCUUGCUUUCAGGGUGUAUUGAAGGAGAAGACUUACAGAGAUUAUCCUGAAUUCUGUCAGUGGAAAAGCUUUGCCUGGACUCCAGCAUCAGCAAGCCGCUGAUGGGGCUCCUCAGACAUGUUAUGUGUUAUUUUGUAUGGUGUAAUGUCGUAACUUAUAUGAUGGCGUAUAUGUAGUGGCCAUUGCACUGAUGAAUGUUUUAUCGUAGUCCAAAUUCCCUUUUGGAACUGUAUGUAUGCAGUUCUCACGCUCUUCGUAUUUCUGUCCAGCAGAAAACUUAACAGGAGGAAUCCACUUCUAAAUAGUGGUAAUUAACUGCUGUCAGGGUGGGACCACCACAUGAUUUCUAUAUCUCCGCUAAUGGCAAUCUUUCCAAAUGUCAGACAAUGUGCCGUGUAUUUUAUGUGCGCUUACUGUGUAGAAACAUCAGCACACAACAGAAUAAUUGUAAAAAAGUGCCUGUAAACUAAAUGGAUUUUUUUUUCUAUAUGUUGAUUGCUAUGUAUGUUUCCUAAUUAAAAAAAAAAAUAAUAAUAAUCCUUUGUUAAUUACAGUGUUUUGCUUCUCAAAAAUAAACAUUAGGUAUGCCCAGUG